CGGGCAGGGCAGCAGGAUCUCAGCGGGACCGGCGUGCUAGCCCGCGGAGCCGGAGCGGUGCUCGGACGCGAGGUGCAGCGGGGGCAGGCACGGAGCGCGGCGAUUCCCCCGCGGGUCUGACGGAGGAUGCCGGAGAGCACGUGGGUGUCGGCUCCGGCCCCGGAGCCGAGCUGCCCUUCUUCCGAGCGCUGCUCGCACGGGCGAGCUGCUCCCGCAGUUGCCAGAGCCAGCGCCUGGGCGGCCCCGCGUCCCGCCACCGAGUCAGCGAGGACGUGCGCAGCGACUUCCAGCGCAGAGUACCCUACAACUACCUGCAGAGGGCCUACAUCAAGCUUAACCAGCUGGAAAAGGCGAUGGAAGCAGCCCACACGUUCUUCAUGGCCAACCCAGAGCACAUGGAAAUGCAGCAGAACAUAGAGGACUAUAGAGAGACAGCAGGGGUGGAAGCCAUCCAGCUGGUAGACAGAGAAGCCAGGCCACAUAUGGAGAGCUAUAAUGCCGGAGUUAAACACUAUGAGGCUGAUGACUUUGAAGCUGCAAUCAAGUACUUUGAGCAAGCUUUAAGAGAAUACUACAAUGAAGAUGUGGCAUGCCGAGCUCUAUGUGAAGGGCCACAGAGAUUUGAGGAAUAUGAGUACUUAGGGUAUAAAGGCGGUCUUUAUGAGGCAAUCGCAGAUCACUACAUGCAGGUGCUGGUCUGUCAGCAUGAGUGUGUGAGGGAACUUGCCACCCGCCCAGGCCGCCUCUCACCAAUUGAGAACUUUCUUCCCUUGCAUUACGACUACCUACAGUUUGCAUACUACAGAGUUGGUGAAUAUGUGAAAGCCUUGGAGUGUGCCAAAGCCUACCUGAUGUUCCAUCCAGAUGAUGAGGAUGUCCUGGACAAUGUAGACUACUAUGAAAGCCUGCUAGACGACAGCAUUGACCCAGAAUCCAUUGAAGCCCGAGAGGAUUUAACAGCAUUUGUCAAACGUCAUAACCUUGAAUCUGAACUGAUAAAGUCAGCUGCAGAGGGUCUGGGAUUUUUAUAUUCAGAACCGAAUUACUGGAUCAGUUACGGAGAACGGCAGGAUGAGAACCGGGUCCCUUUAGGAGUGAACACGGAGGGAGCAGAAGUUCAUGGACUGUCAAUGGGGAAAAAGUCCCUGCCCAAGAUAGGUCGAGACCUAAGAGAAGGUGGCCCUCUACUCUAUGAGAACAUCACCUUCGUCUACAACUCAGAACAACUGAACGGGACUCAGCGGGUUCUCCUAGACAACGUCCUAUCGGAAGAGCAGUGCCGGGAGCUACACAGUGUGGCCAGUGGAAUCAUGCUGGUUGGUGAUGGAUACCGAGGGAAAACAUCGCCCCAUACACCCAAUGAAAAGUUUGAAGGAGCAACUGUCUUGAAAGCACUAAAAUUUGGCUAUGAAGGCCGAGUGCCACUAAAGAGUGCACGCUUGUUCUAUGACAUCAGCGAGAAAGCUCGGAAGAUUGUGGAAUCCUAUUUCAUGCUGAACUCAACCCUGUAUUUUUUCUAUACACACAUGGUCUGCAGAACAGCCCUGUCUGGGCAGCAGGAUAGAAGAAACGACCUCAGUCAUCCCAUUCAUGCAGACAACUGCCUGUUGGAUCCCGAAGCUAAUGAAUGCUGGAAGGAGCCUCCUGCUUACACUUUCCGGGACUAUAGUGCACUCCUGUAUAUGAAUGACGACUUUGAAGGAGGAGAGUUCAUCUUCACUGAAAUAGACGCUAAAACUGUGACCGCCUCCAUUAAACCAAAGUGUGGGCGGAUGAUCAGCUUCUCAUCUGGUGGCGAGAACCCUCAUGGGGUGAAGGCGGUCACCAGAGGCCAGCGCUGUGCUGUGGCACUGUGGUUCACCCUAGAUCCUCUUUACAGAGAAGUGGAGCGGAUACAGGCUGAUGAAGUGAUUGCCAUCUUGGAUCAAGAGCAGCAUGGGAAGCAUGGACUGAAUAUUAACCCCAGAGAUGAGCUAUAGGAAAGAGAGUGAUCUAUGGAGUAUUUAUUUAAAUUGUUAAUCUUAUAAGAACCUUUUUAUUUUUGUACAGAACCAGGGUAUAAAUUAACAGAAUACUAUGAGUCGCCAGAUUCCCCCUUCUGUUCCUAACUCUGCUCUCUUUGCUUUCCUCGUGUCCUUGGUUUUCUUCCAUUCAUCAUUCAGAACCCAGUCACAUCUCCAAACAUACAGCACACACACUCUGCGUGCCACACAGCCACACAGGUAAACAUACAACACAGAUAUACUACAGAAAUACACAUAAGCCACUCACAUGCCACACAAAUUCCCAAACAUGACACAGAUCCAUAUACCAAACACAGCCAAAUGCAUAGACCUCCUAGUUAGAAUCUCUCUCUCUCUCUCUCUCUCUCUCUCUCUCUCUCUCUCUCUCUCACACACACACACACACACACACACACACACACACACACACAAACUCCUAUACACAUACACAAACAAUUUGUUGCACAUUCAGAAUCUCAACACAAUAGGCUGCUUCUCAGCAUCCCCACAGCUAAAGUGUGCCCAGGGCUAAAGUUAUUAUGUGAAUUAGUCUCAGGCCUCUGGCUUGCUGCCUUUCCCUGUGGCCUGUCAUGGUGCUGAUGGCUGAGAGUACAGCCUCUUCACAGUAAGCUUGACUUGGGUCUGAGGAGCCCCAGACAGCGUCUGCAUGGCCCCCAGAAUCACAAGCAGCAGCAUCUUUCAGACUUGAAGAAGCCACCACUGGAAGGGAUAAGGACUGUGACACAGGGCUCCCUAGCCAGGGCCUUCAUGGACUAUGAGGACUGCUAUUUCCUUUCUUCCUUUCUUUUCCUUCCUUCCUUCAUUCGUUCGUUCCCUCCUUUUUUUCUUUCUGUUUAGUUUUUCAAGACAGGGUUUCUCUGUAGCCCUGGCUAUCCUGGAACUCCCUAUGUAGACCAGGAUGGCCUCAAACUCUCAAAGAACCUUUUGCCUCUGCCUCCCAAGUGCUGGGAUUAAAGGCUCACGCCACUGCUGCCAGGCAAGGACUGGUAUUUUCAACAGAAGUUUUGAUUCCCUUCCAAAGCUCUGUAAGGGGCAGCUUCCGAGUUGUCCUAAAACAGUCACACAGAGGUUCCAGCAGCACAGGUUCUCCCAGUGAUGCUGAAGAACACCUUUGAUUCCCCCUGCCUCAGGUGCUAUUGCUCAGCUGCUGCAGAGGGGUUGCUGCUGGCGAAAACACGGAAACCCUUCUACCAGGCUGCUCCUCGUCUGCCUCUGUUGGGCAGCCUCUUGCCAGAACUGCUGUCAGUUUUCAGAGGCAAGCUGUGUCUGAGUUGUUUAAUAAAGGGAGCCGUGUUACAGCAUG